UAUUUAUAUAUAGUUGAGUUGAGGUGUUGUAUUAUAUUUCUCUUAUUGGUGUGGAGCAGUGGAAAGCGCGCCGGCUAUUUUCUCUCGCAAAUUCGUUCCGCCUCAACAGCGAUCUCAUGGCUUCAUCCAACACUCUCAAGCGAUGGCUGAGGCCCGAGGUGUAUCCGUUGUUCGCCGCCGUUGGAGUGGCUGUCGGGAUUUGCGGGAUGCAGUUGGUCCGUAAUAUUUGCAUUAACCCUGAAGUCAGGGUAACCAAGGAAAACAGGGCUGCUGGCGUGUUGGAAAAUUUUGCAGAAGGGGAGAAAUAUGCCGAACAUGCUCUUAGGAAGUUUGUUCGCAACAGGGCUCCAGAAAUUAUGCCAUCCAUCAACAGUUUCUUCACUGACCCUAAAUACUGAUUCUGAUUGUUUUUGAGACUGUACCGUGGAGUGAAAACUUUCACUUUUUCACUCGGAUUUUAUCUAAAACAUAAAAAGAAUGGGUACACAUUCAGUUGAAUAAUUUGUAUUGAAGAUUUGGAGCUUUCAGCAGCUAUUCGUUAUUAAUGGAUUGCAUGAUUCUUGUUACAUGCAAUAGCUCCACUUCUCAAUCUCCAGAAAUGUUUCAUUCCGCUUUUUGGUUUACAUGUUUUAUUGUUCUUUAA